AUGAGCCGUGAUGUGACUGCAGUCUUCCCUAUUUUGCCUCUUUAGGUGGAUAAGAUAGUGGAGCAGCUGCAGCAGUUCAUUCAAAGCUACGACCUUGCCGCCCUGCGGGAUUACUGGAGUUAUCUGGACCGACGCCUUUUCAGCCGUUUGGAAGAUGUGUACCGGCCAACAGUGAACAAGCUGAAAACCAGCUUAUUUCGAUACUACCUCGUCCACACUGUUCAGACUGGCCGCAAUGACAAGGCACAGGAGUUUUUCCUCAAGCAGGCCUCUGAGCUCCAGAACCAGACAGAGUGGAAGGAUUGGUUUGUCCUGCCCUUCCUCCCUGCCCCAGACUCCAACCCCACCUUCGCCACCUAUUUCUCGCGCCAGUGGGCAGAUACGUUUAUUGUGUCUCUGCACAACUUCCUGAGCGUCUUGUUCCAGUGCAUGCCAGUUCCAGUAAUUUUGAACUUUGAAGCUGAAUGCCUCAGGAGCAGUCUCGUACAAGAAGAAAAUGAAUCGUUGCGGCAUAAGCUGUUUGCUUUGCAAGCUGAAUCCUCCCGCAUGAAGAAGGAGGAACUGGAGGUGGAACAAGCAGUUGUGCAUCACAAGUUGCCUACGUAUGUGGCCAACAUGGAUCGACUGGGGGACUCUGAGCUUGAUAUGACCUGCAGCCAGAGGAGUACUGCACAUUCUCUUCAGUCUCGGGGAGGCUUUCUGUCCUCUUUUCUCUCCCAGAGUAAAAAGGGCCCUUCCAGACCAGCCCAUCCAAGUGGGGCUUCUCCAACACAGACUGGCAGCAUGCUGCUAGGGAAGAAAGAACCAACAAAUCACCAGAGUGCCAAAGGAAAAGAAGGAAUAGCGAGCAGUAAGGAUGGGAAGAGCCACUUCAGUGGGUUAGUAGCAGGUGAGUCGAGUUCCCUGCAGCACCGGCAGAAGCGCUUGCAAGAGCACGGGAAGGAAAGGAAGGAGCUGCUGUCGAAAGGGACCUCCCAGGGCCAAAGUGCUGAGAAGAAAACCGAUAUCAGCACAGCUGAGACAGAGCCAUGCUCAGAGCCACACACUGAACAAGCGGAGACUUCAACCAAAAUACCUGCCAGCACUGGAGAGGCUGUGGGGGUCCGGCAGGAGCAGCCUUUCAUCGUCCUGAGCCAGGAGGAAUAUGGGGAGCACCAUUCAUCCAUCAUGUACUGCAGGGUUGAUUGUUCUGGACGGAGGGUGGCCAGCUUGGAUGUGGAUGGGGUCAUCAAAGUCUGGUCUUUUAACCCCAUAAUGCAAACUAAAGCUUCAUCCAUUUCCAAAUCUCCGUUGCUGUCUCUGGAAUGGGCGACCAAGCGUGAUCGGCUGCUCUUGCUUGGAAGUGGGGUCGGGACAGUUCGUCUUUAUGACACAGAAGCAAAGAAGAAUCUCUGUGAAAUCAGCAUUGAUGAAGACAUGCCCAGGAUCCUCUCACUUGCCUGCAGCCCAAGCGGUGCAUCCUUUGUUUGUUCUGCGGCAGCCCACAGCCCCAUCUCCCAUAUGGACUUCUCAGCAGUCAGCUCCAGGGGCAAAAGCAUGAACCAAGUUCCUGGGAAGCUGCUACUGUGGGACACGAAGACAAUGAAGCAGCAGCUGCAGUUCUCCUUGGAGCCUGACCCCAUUGCUAUUAACUGCACAGCCUUCAACCACAACGGCAACCUGCUGGUCACGGGGGCUGCAGAUGGGAUUGUUCGUCUCUUUGAUAUGCAGCAGCACGAGUGCGCCAUGAGCUGGAAGGCACACGAUGGGGAAGUCUACUCUGUUGAGUUCAGCUAUGACGAGAACACAGUCUACAGCAUAGGCGAGGAUGGCAAGUUUAUUCAGUGGAAUAUUCACAAAAGUGGCUCGAAGGUGUCAGAGUACAAUCUUCCCAGCGAAGCCACAGGUCCUUUUGUUCUGUCUGGGUACAGUGGCUACAAGCAAGUCCAGUUCCCACGAGGAAGGCUUUUUGCUUUUGACUCUGAAGGCAACUAUAUGUUGACGUGCUCUUCUGCGGGGGGUGUAAUUUUUAAGUUGAACGGUGAGGAAAGGGUCCUGGAGAGCUGCCUUUCUCUGGGAGGACACCGAGCCCCUGUUGUCACAGUGGACUGGAGCACAGCCAUGGACUGUGGGACCUGCCUCACUGCCUCUAUGGAUGGGAAGAUUAAAUUAACAACCUUACUGGCUCAAAAAUCUGCACAAUGAUGAAAGGAAAAAGCAAAGGACUGGACAAAAACAGUAUUAACUCGACAGGAACAA